AUGAAGACCUUAGUUCCCAAGGCUCUCCUCCUGCUGCUCCUGGCCAACCUGGCCCUGACCAGGCAUCCAAAAGGUUCACACUCUCUGAGCUUUUUGCAUGCUCUCAUCACCGGGCCUCACCUCCUGGAGCCCCAAAUCAUAUUUGAUGUCUACUUGGAUGAUCUUCACGUUGAGAAGUUCAACAGUAGAACAGAGACUCCAAGACUGGAGCACUGUGCACCAUGGGUGGAUCAGCAGGAGCCAGAGUAUUGGGGGAAGAGGACACAGGACAUCCUGAGCCUAAUGGACAUCUACAAGGAUGCUCUGAAGAAAAUGCUUUACUUCUACAAUGAAAAUGAAAGUGGAUAUCAUACACUCCAGAUCCUGAUGGCCUGUGAAGUACAGCCUGGAGGGUACUACCGAGAUGGAAAAUUUCAAUUUUUCUUCGAACCCAGUGAUGUCAUUUUCAUGGCUGUGAACAAGAGCCUUUGGCUGACAAUUGGCAAAGGUGCUACUUACCUAUGCAAUGAGUGGAAUAAGGUAGAUUUUGCAAAAUAUGUGAAGAAAUUACUGGAGUGUAAUUGUGUGCAGUUUCUCCUCCCAAUGUUGCAACAUGGGAAGGAGAUUUUGCUGAGAACAGACAUCCCGAAAAUACAUGUGACCCAUGAGGUCAGAGGUGAUGGGAGAAUUACUCUAAGGUGUUGGGCCAUGAAAUUCUAUCAUACUGAAAUCAACAUAACCUGGCAGAGAGAUGGGAGCAACCAGACUGUGGACAUGGAUGUGAUAGAGACCAGGCCUGCGGGAGAUGGAACCUUCCAGAAGUGGGCAGCUGUGGUGGUGCCUUCUGGGGAGGUACAGAGAUACACAUGUCAUGUGUACCACAAGGGGCUGCCUGAGCCUAUUACCGUGAGAUGGGAACCUCCUCAUCCCUCUGUCCCCAUCAUGCCAGUAGUUACUGGCCUGGUUCUUGGAGCUGUGUUUAUGGGAGCCAUGGUGACUUUUCUGAUAUGGAAAAGGAGGUUGAAAGGUAAGGAAAGGGCAGGGUCUGAGUUCAAGUCUCCAUUGGAGUAUCAAGCUCAGCUGAGACUGUUCCCUGCCACAUGA